AUGUUUUCCCCGGAUACUAAUAGCGAAUUUUAUGAUGAUUUUUACACGAAAUACAACACAAAUAUGGCCCCAACAACAUCGACAUUCAAUGCGCAGCCACGUCUUUCAUUAGACAGUGGUCUUGGAUUAACAAAUGAUUCAUUUUAUUCAACUGAUCUGAAUGAGACUCAUUUAAUGGAUAUUUCUGCUGGAAAUGCUUCAACAAGCUUCCAAUCUCAGCCACCUCCACAACUGGAAUCAUCACCUCCAACGAAAUGGGCGAGAAUCCGGACACCACCGAAUCGAAAAAAGAAAAUAUCUCACGAAGGGCCGAAUCAAGAAGCUUUGCCACCUGGAUUCAACCUCUUCUCACCACCAUCUCGGAAAAAGAUUAAAACUGCAUUUUCAUCACCACCGCCAAAAUCUAUGAAAACUCCAGAUUCUCUGCGAAAAUCCAUUCGAAUUUCCAGUCCGUCUCCGUUUAAGGUCACUUUCAGUAAGACUCCGCUGAAAUUGUCGAAUAAUGAAAAUGUUACUGGAAUCCAUAUUGGCCGCUCCGGGACGUAUUACAAUAAGCAAGUGACCGGAAGUGCUUCAAAAAGAUGUCUGUUACCUUCAAAACCCGAUGGAUUCACAUUUCUCGGCUCACCGGGCAAUUCUGACGUACUCGAUUUCCCACUACAAACUACAUUCGAAGGGUUCGGAGAUCUUGACACUCCGGCAAAAAUCAAUGCAGCACUGGAAGUGAAUAAUGAUGAUUCAAUGGAUUAUUAUCAAUAUGCUGGAAUGAUUGAAACUUCAAGCUCCCUUGCCACAUACACAAAUUCCACAGGCCCUCUCGUCGAAAAUCAUGCCAGGAAUUUGAAAAGCGUGCCAAUUUCACGAACGGCUUCUCGGAAUUUGAUGAAAAUUAGCAGAAAAUCUGUAGAAGAACCUGUUCCAGAGCCACAAGCAGUACAUGUUGAACCAGUUAUUGAAAAACCAACGAAAAUUUCCGCUAAAAAAGAAAAAGAGCAGAAAAAAUCGGCGGCGAAGGAAGCAGCACUGAAAGAGGCAAAGGAAAAGGAAAUGAGAAUAUGGAAAUUGGCUCCGUUUGAAACGCCCAAGAAAGAAGUUCCUUUGUACUCGGGUCGUUGGCUCGUCAUAUCCACUGGUCGCACUCUGGCUCAGCAGGAGCUUUUUUCGGAUGCAAAGUCGUUUUUCAAAGCGAAUCCUCCACCGGCUCCACGGGCUCCGCAGGCUCCAGAACUUGCUUCAGGACCUCGAAGAAUCCCAACUAUUCAACGUGUGACACUUUUUAAGCAUCGUUACCGGUCCCCGCGUGACUAAUUUUUGUUUCUAGUCUUUCAACUCUUUUCCCUCUAAUUUUAUUGUUAUCAUUGUUUAUCUGCACACCUACACCUCAUCUUCAGUAUUUCUCAAGCUUCACGAAAAUGCCUACCUGCCUGCCUACUCGCCUAUCCUGUAGGCAAGCAGGUAGGCCUGAAAGCCCUUCUCAUAUUCGGGUCGACACAAUUUCAUCGAAAUGUCCUUUUUUAGUUUUUUCUUAAAUUAUUUUUGUCUGCUACUCCGGUGAUCGAUUGGCCUGUUCAUACCAUUUCCCAAGACGAAAGCUUAUAAAUUAUCUAAUUUUUUAAAAAUUUUCUCAGAUUCUCUAAUAAAAUAUUUU